AUGUUUAAGAUAUUGGAUGUUGUUGAACGAGUUAGCGCCACUUUCAAGAACUGGUUUACGGACACUGGACUUUAUUUAUUUGUAAUUUUCAGUAUCUCUACACAACACCGAUUAUUGUUCUCAGCAAUGCACUUGAAACAAGGUGAUCCAAAACCACAUUUUAAUGCGAAUCGCUUAACCCUUAUUGGAUUUCUUACCAUAAAGUUGAAUAUGACUUGGUAA